UAGAAUUUUGACCAUCUGAAUAUAAAUUGGUCUAUCUAGUAGUAGAAUAAUAUAUAAAGUGGAAAGAAGCUCGCAGGAAUCGAUUGCUCGAGUAUCGAUAGUUCAUUUAUGAAAGAGUCAGCUUUUGAAUGAAUUUACGCCAUAACUGACGUGCGUUUCGGCAAUGACAUUUUUCUUUGGCUAAAUUAACAAGAAUAUGAUUCACGAAAUUGUUUCGAAAACAGUUUUCUGCUCAUUCUGAUAACGACUAGCCUCAAAAUAAUAUUGUUCGUACUUCAGACAGGAAAAACGACUGUACAUUCGAAGGUUAGCUUGGACGUUUUCGCAUAAGCUUACCAAGUACAACGAUUCCGAAUGAAAAUGAGUGGCGAACUACUACCAGAGUGGUUGAAUAAUUUUCUGGAUGACGUAGAGAGCACCUUAUGCCUGCCCAUAUUACUCCUUAUGGUUUUCUGUACCAUUCAAUUCAUAGUUAAUCAUACCAUGGACAUAGGAUGUACCGUUUAUCAAAAUAUAAAGCAGACAUCGGAUAACGAAGAUGAAGAGGAUACCGAUAAGGAAAAGGGAGAAGAUUUCAUGAGCAAAAUUAAAGGGUUUUUCUAUAAUCUGGGCUUUGGUAACUAUAACACGACUCCAAAUAUCGAGGACGAGAGCACGGUUGCGCCACCGCUUAAGCCAAGUACUCAAGAAGAGGAGUGGGAUUAUUGUGAAGAGGAUGACGAUUAACGUUGAAAAUGAUUAGUCGAUUAAACGACACAUUAAUUCUAAAGUGCUUAUCACACAGAAAUUAAUAACCAAUGCAUCGAAAAAUAGUGUAACGAAACUAUUAGAUACUUAAUCCAAUAGUCUUGCGGUACAAACUUCAAAAAAAUAAAAGUAGAAUAAAUAAACAGUUUAGUUCUACGCCCUACAACAAUUCAUAUAAUGCAUAGU